AUGAGUAACUCGCAUACUCAUCGCUCUUCCCAACUAGGCCAAAAUCAGGCACAUAAUUCUUCUACAAAUUAUAAUGGCAAUGAUCAACGUACGCAACAAGUCUAUCGGCGAAAUGUUCGAAUUAUUAGGGGCGGCCCCUAUGAUCAACCAACAGCGUCUACUGGUGUUCAUACGAAUGGAAUUAACAUAACUAACUUGAGCAAUCGUGAUUCAGUGGAUAUGGUCUUAAGGCCAGAUGGUGUCAUUGUUGGUCAUGAGGACAAACAGGAGGAUGUUAUAUUUAGGUAUUUGAAAACAAGAACCUAUCAUGCUCUUGCGCCUAAGGAUGGAGUUAUCGCUGAAACUGGAGUAAUCGCUGAUAAAGAAACAGAGAUUUGUGCCAUAUGUCAUGUUGAGUAUGAACAUGAAGUGACCAUAGGGACACUUCAUUGUGGACAUGAAUAUCGUAGAGAUUGCAUCAAAGAAUGGUUGUUGAGGAAGCACGAUUGUCCAAUGUGCAGAGCUUUACUAUUGCCCUUCACAACACCAUAG